AUGGAGCCGCAGGUGUUGGAUUGGCUUGGAAUGGAUCCGCAGACGUUGUACUGGAUAAGAAUGGAGCCAUCGGCAUUGGUCGGCUUGGAAGGGAGCCUUCAGUAUUGGUCGGUUGGGAAAGGAGCCGUCAGCAUUGGUCUGCUUGGAAAGGGAGCUGUCAGCAUUGAUCGGAACAGAACAAUAUUGCAAGAUGAUGAAGAAAAAGUCAAAGUAGAGGAGUCGUUCCAAUGCAAAAGUUUCCCAGGAGAUGACGGAAAAGGAAGCGCAAGUGCAGAGGAUACUGUAUUUCUCUUACGAGAUUAUGCAAGAUUCUUUGUACUCGAAACCAUUGCUAGAGUUCCUUAUUUCGUGUUUAUGUCUGUUCUACACCUGUACGAGACUUUUGGUUGGUGGAGAAGAGCGGAUUAUUUGAAAGUGCAUUUUGCUGAAAGCUGGAAUGAGAUGCAUCACCUACUUAUCAUGGAGGAACUUGGGGGAAAUUCCUGGUGGUUUGACUGCUUUCUUGCCCAACACAUUGCAGUAUUCUAUUAUUUCAUGAUAGUGGUGAUGUAUAUGAUAAGCCCAAGAAUGGCUUAUCAUUUUUCUGAAUGUGUGGAGAUGCAUGCUUUUGAAACUCAUGACAAGUUCUUAAAGCUUCAGGGAGAUGAGUUGAAAAAACUGCUGGCCUCUGAGGUUGCUGUCAAAUACUACAUAGAAGGUGACUUGUACUUGUUCGAUAAAUUCCAAACUGCCAGAUAUCCCAAUUCUCGAAGGCCCAAAAUGGAAAAUUUGUACGAUGUGUUUCUCAAUAUAAGAGACGACGAAGCAGAGCACUGCAAGAUGUGGGUAUGGAGGUUGACAGGCCUGCUGAGGAAACACCAGCAGAAGUAGAGACUGAAGUUUUUGGCGCUUAGAGAUCUGUUUCUAACAUGGCGAUUAUGCAGAAUGUAGGGAAACACAUUAGGAAGUUGGUUACAGUUGGAUUCAUCAGCUGCACUGACAGGACACUCUAGCAGUUUAUGCCUGGAUGGAUAAGGAUGUUGGCUAUUGUCAAGGUGAUCAGUGGAUAAUAUCGUUGACUAUGUCAAGUACUUACAACUUCGUAUUAAGGACAACUAUAUGUAGAACAAACUUGUGAGACUUGCAUGCGUCUUUUAUUCAGGCCCUCAUUCAGUAUAAUAUAAUUGAUGAUUGCUUAUUGUUAUAUUUCAGGUUUCAGAUAACUUCAUAAAAGCUAAUUGCUUA